ACAAACGGGGUUUGUUGUUUGUUAUAGUAGUCUCUUACUAUUCUUUCUAUCCUUUCACCCAAAACUCCAAAACCAUACUCACUUUCUCAUUACCCAUUGACCACCAACAUUCCACCUUCCUCCACCCUCCUUCCUUCUUUCUCAAUCGUUUAGUUCUGCUCUCGCAGGGCACCAAAUAUUUUAGGAUCGGCCCUAAUAGGAUUUGGUUAUCUUCAUACCCUAAGUUACCACAAUGGGAAAGACAAAUAUAAGGUCAGAUUCAUCAGAUUCAAAGUCGAAUCACAAGUUCGAAAGGAAGCUACAGUUUUAUUCCAAGGUGAAGGAUGCUGUUGCUUCCUUGACUGCCCAAAAGUCUAUUGCUAAGAAAAAUAACAAACAAAAAAGGCGGCAGAAAAAAUUGAAAGUAUAUAACCUCUCUUCACUGUUAGAGUCCCUUCCAGAGUUGAAGGCUCCACAAAAACCAUGCAACGAGGACAACUUUAAGCUUAAUUGUAAUUCGAGACAGAAAUUAGUAUUGAAGGAAGGACAACGAUUGUCUGAUAUUUUUAAGGAUCUUUCCUUCCAAAUGGAUCCCUUGGCUGCCAUUCAUCAACAUUUACUGAGCACACGACCAGUUGUAGUAGUAGAGGAACAACCCAAGAAAAAAAGAUUUAACACAAAUGGGUCGAAGAAGAGGAAGAAUAAAUCAAAGGCUGGGACUGGACGGCAGUCUAUGGAUAUGUAAGGCUUCUUGUGUGGAUGCUGGGCCCCUAGUUAAUUUGUGAAUGAAGACAUCUAAAAUUUCGUAAGCAAAGUAUACAGUGAUAUGUAGUUUUUUUUAGCGAAUGUCCAUGAUUGUCAAUGAUUUUUAUAUGUUGAAUUUUGCUUUUAACGUAGAAUAUGAGAAUCUGCCUUUAUUUUGUUUUCAUUGUCAAUGUUUUAGUCAAGGGAGUGGAGUUGACUUAUUUAACCGUCUCUUUGACUGGUAUGCAAAGCAGCAAAUUCAAGGCUUUAAAUAGCUUUUAUGCAUUGCCAAGCUUAUUUUUGUUUUUUGAGUUGUGUUUUGUUGAAAAGUAAGCAAUGGAAAUUGAGUUUCACAUA